AAUAAUACACGCUGACAACAGGCACCGAUGGACCGAAGCGAGGGGGCGGGGGGCUUGACUCCCCCAAGUCCAGGACCAGGACUAUAAAUACAACCAUCCAGUCAAGGCGAGCCCAAGACACAGCAGCAAGAACCCACAGGACUCGGAGCGACAUGUCACAGCCCGGCGAAGUCAAGAAGAAAAAGCGUCCGCCGAUGAAGGAGGAGGACCUGAAGGGAGCCCGCAGUAAACUGGGACUGAAGGGCGAGGUGAAGAGUAAGACCUAUGAGGUCAUGGCGGAGUGCGAGCGGAUGGGCAAAGUGGCCCCAUCAGUUUUUAGCGGCGUGCGGACCGGGACCGAGACCUCCCUGGACAAGCCACCCGCCAAAGCUCCUGGAGCGAGCGUGUUCAACAAAUGCAGCGUGGGUGGAGGUCACAAUGUUUGCUUUAAGUGGAGACACAACCUUUGUUGACUCAAGACCUUAAAACAAUUAUUGCACAGUGACAACUUUGUUCCCAUCGAUGAAAAGCAAACCCAAUGACCAAAACCUACCCUGACCAACAUCAUUAAAGGGAGUGUCCUUCACUGUACUCACAAGUGUUUGCUCCUGUUUAUCUUUGCAGAGCGGAUGGGCAAAGUGGCCCCAUCAGUUUUUAGCGGCGUGCGGACCGGGACCGAGACCUCCCUGGACAAGCCACCCGCCAAAGCUCCUGGAGCGAGCGUGUUCAACAAGUAGUCCCUCGCCGCACCUUUCAUCAUUACUCCGAGAAACAACUGUUAUUUUUAUCAAAGUGCAGCUUUUUUUUUCCACCUGGACAGAUGCAGCGUGGGUGGAGGUCACAAUGUUUGCUUUAAGUGGAGACACAACCUUUGUUGACUCAAGACCUUAAAACAAUUAUUGCACAGUGACAACUUUGGUGAGUCCAACAUUGGCACAUAUUUCUUACUCUUUUUUUUCUUUUUUUUUUACAAAAUAAAUAAUGUCACAAUGACUUAAAACCUCAUGAUCAGCCACUCCCUUUGCUUACAGUGUGGACAAAAUCACUUGAAUAUAAAUCUCUUCAUAAAUGGA